CAAAACACGUCAAGACAUAACAAAAUGGAAAUGUCCAAAAAAUGUAGUUAAAAAUUCACAAGUAUUAAAAAAACUGAUAAAAUAAAUAAUAAAUUCGUUUUAAAGUCAAUGUAACCCAAAAUGCCUCGUGUCGUCCCAAGGAAAUCGUUUAAAAGUGUGUGUGUCGAUACCGUCCUCUUCUUUGCUAUGUUCGCUUUAGUUGGUCAUUUAAGCAUAAACUUUUGGGAGAAAUAUACCAUACAAAGUGAACUAACGAUAAUGAAACAAAGUUUGAACUCGCUGAAGGACACGAUCACAAACAUUGGCAAGGCGUACGAUAAUCUCUACUCUGAACUGAGAGAAUUGUUUAUAAUGGUUGACCAAAGCCAUCAAUGUUUAGAACAGAAGAAACCAGAUGCAAGAUAUAUUGUUUGAGUUAAAAGUGAUAAUUGAAGAGAAAAUAGAAGAUACAUUGACUUUAUUUGUAAUAAAUCAUCUAAAGCACUUUGA